AUGGAACGUGAUUUCAUCUUCCCCGCAUCAUUUGCCGGUAGAAGUGACCAACAGGGCGUCGUUUCGGUACUCCAGCGCCACGAUGCGGUCAGGAUCCGCGCUGCCCAUCGUAUCCCUUCCUUUUCCGUCGCAGUGGAAGCGGUAUAUCAGUUUCUUCGCUCACUGCCGCCGCCGCCGCUGCGGGGGUCCAUUCGUGAGGUCCGAGUGGUGGCCGCGCCCUCCGCGUCGUACUUCACCGUGGAACUCACGAGCGAGUGUCAACGGCACGGUGAGCUGGACGUUGCCAAGUUGAUCUCCUGCCAUGGCGAAGAGGCAGAGCGGAUGUCAGAUCUCACGGCUGUCAGUCAAGAAGUAAGGCUAACUUGUGCCGUGGAAUCGUCAUUGCAAAGGACACGCGGUAUUCAAGACACGGCCCACUCCUCAGAAGGCAUGGGAAUACUCUUUGAGGGGCAUUGGAAAGGCACAGAGAUAAACAAAGGCGAAGACCAUUGGAAUGGCAUUUCUGCGGUGUUAACAACAAAACUACAGGCAUAUCUACGGUUGUUGGCAAAGAAGCAAAAAGAGCAUCAACCCUCUUCGUUAUUUCUUCACCUGCGCUGCGAAGUUCGUAAUCUCUUCUACUGUAUGCCUGUACGACAGCGUUGUGCAGCAGGAUGGAGUUACACAUCAUAUCGACUUCGCGCUGAACGGCAGGCCCUUCUCUCAACUGCGUAUCGCAUGGCUGUAGAAUGCGUUUUUGCACCUUUGUAUCUUUCCCUCAACGAAGGCGCGGGAAGCAGUGCCUCGUUUUAUUUACAUCUGAGUAACAGCGGUGAUGGUCGAAAUAAAGCUGCCAAUGAUAACGCUGAUGUCUUCUAUGUACAUAAUUACCCGGUGCAAAGGAGUAAAGAAAUGGUGGAGCAGUUAAAAAAGCGGCGGCGAAUGGAACUGGAAAGCAAAAAUGAUGAUGGCGAUCGUUCAUGCACACUUCGCACUGCGCACCGUAUCCUUUUCUCGUUUUUUCCACAUCUCCGCCUUUGCGCGGAAUCGUUGGAAUGCUCCAAUGGAAUUGCAUCGUCGCGUCUUCGCGAAGUUGUGGUGGAUCCCGGCAAAUUUGUCGUCUUGUUCCUCAUCCCAGCGUGGGAUGCACAUGAUGCAACCAGACGUGUGGGCCGACGCCCCUCUGCGUUAGGCACAGUCGUGGUCUGCAGGCACACAGAAUCCACGGCGUGUUAUGUUGUGGAUGAGUCACACCGAGUAUAUCUUCAGGUUUUAAAUUCCUUCACUACGUUGUGUCCGAUCAUUGUAUUUCUGGAGGGUAACCUCUUAGAGAGCAACGAUGCCACGCUUCGGAGGAUGUUUCAGUCAGCGGAGAGAAAGUACUUGUGUGGUUUGGGUACAGAUACAGCGAGGGCAAUCCACACACCAACAAGGGAAGAUCCUCUUUCUGUUGUGGGGAAACUGAUGGCGACAAAGGAUGAUUCGGGCGAACAAAAAAUUGUGGGGACAGCGCUGCGCGUAUCGUUUUUGGCCCAACGCCUCUCUUCCGUGAACGGUACGAAAAGAGCACGGUGUUUUUGUGGCGCCCCAAUUUCGUCCUUCCCGCGGCGAACCCCUUUUUUUCCAAUAAAAUUGGGUAGAAACUCGUGUGGCACAAGUACACUCUCACAGGUGCGCUCCGCCAUGCACUUGACAAUUGAUCCCUCUCUCUUUGCGCCUCGCGCUUACUCUGGUCCAUCUGUGUGGCCGGGUCCCGGUGAGAUGGAGAAUAAGGAGAGAACGCCUUGUCCCUUCCGCGCGAAGCACCUCAUUGCACAAUGGGAUCGAAAGUUCCUUGUUCUUCAAAUGAACGACAUGGAUGAGCAUUCAGACACCUCUCCAUUUGAUGAAAUUGGAUCUCCCCCCUCGACGUCAAUUAAUGGCAUGCCAACGAUGGGUGUGCCUCCAGUUUUGUGUAAGCAGCCGCAGUCUCAUCAUUUACCCCCACCCGCAUUGUACAUUGUUGAUCCGCAUGCUAUUCAUGAAAGAUUGCGGUUAGAGUUUUUUUUGACGACUGCAGAAUCGUACGUGCGUCGAGACAUUCGACCCAUCUCCGUUCCCGUGCAUAUACCAGAGGAAAUCCGCCGCGAUGUUACGACCUACGAGGAUUUCCUUGCGAAGUGGGGAUGGCGCUUUGCACACGAAAACCUUCAAUGCACUGGAUUAAGGUCCGCAAUGGCAUCAAAAUCAAGAUAUACCCAAUUGUCAUGGUGUUGUGUGGCGGUCACGCAGUGGCCUCAUCUUGAAAUUGAGGGGCAUGUGCUACAAUUAGAAACCAUUGAUGCCCUUCGCAAAACCGUGGAGGAGCUCGUUACGGUCCUUCCAUCGUGGCAAAUGCCUGCCGCAACUGAGAAGGAAAGCUCAAAAGAAUGCGAUUGGAUUGGAGAGAGCGCCGGCGCCCGAGUUGUGCCUUCUGCUGUUCUUGAAUUUUUGGUCACACGAUCUUGUCGAGGAGCCGUCAUGCUUGGUGAUUCGCUCUCUACAGCUACUAUGGUGCAACUCAUCGGCGCACUGCAAGCGGUUGAACAGUACACUCUUUGCUCACACGGUAGGCCUUCCUUCGCCGUUAUUCACAGCCGAAAAAAGUAA